AUGGUCUGCAGAAACGGAAGAACCGGAAGAGUUCUCCUGCCUCAUUUGAAUCGCGUUCUUUCUGAAUAUGAUGCUUUAUGCGUCGACCUCGGAAGCGAGCUUGCCUGCUUCCGACAUGAGCUUGCCUCAACCCUUCUUGCUGCAUCACGAUUCUCGCACGCGCAGUGGAAACUUGAAGCAGUCAGUCGUACCAGGAAGUUACUGGAGGACGACGAUGACCCGUUUCUAAAAGCCUGGCUCGCAUAUCGGGAAAGCUCAAUUAUGAGAAUGUCCGGAUUGUCACAGGAGUCGGAGCACGUUUUACAAACGUUCUUGCGCCAGAGCGCCACAUCUGACUAUGAAAAGUCACACACGACUGCAAGUUUCAACGCGCAGAGAGGAAAUCUCAUAAUUUCUUUCGCUGAGAAUUUGAUUCGUGAAGGGAAUCUCACCGGAGCCAAAGAAGAAUUAGUUGAGUGGAAAUCACUAGGCACGGAGUAUUCUACCCUUGAGAGGAUUGUCUCAAGAGCGCGAGAUAUAACGUUGGGAAAGGUGCUCCGUUACCAGGGUCUUUUUAGAGAAGCAUUUGACUUGCUUGAGGGCGUUCUUCAAGACAGUUUGUUUGAUGACUAUUUUGAGGGCACAGACUGGUAUCGCGUUCUCCUAUCAGGGGUGGCAGACCUGCAUUGCGAAAUCGGUCAGCCUGACGAUUCCAAAAAUCUUAUAAUGCAGGAAUUGACCCCAAUGAAAAAGAAUGGAACGCAAGACAUUGCCACGGGGAGACGACUACAGAUGUCACUUGCAGAGGCAUACCUUCAGCGCAACAUGUAUAGCGAAGCAGAGUCGCUUCUACUUGAUGUCCAUCGUGCAGUCUUAUCUUCUGGUACGCCAGACUACAAAGCGCAGGUCAACAUUUUCCGGAUCUGGGUCUCUCUGGCAAGGAUUUCACAUAAAAAGUCUCACUGGGAGGACGCCUUAUCACGUUGGCGGGAUGCAUUGUCAGUCUUGGAUCAUCUCAAGAUGAAUAAGGGUUUCAAUGCUGGUAUCGUGCGAUGCUCAAUAGCGCAUGUUCUGAUGAUGACCGGCAAUAAAUCGGAAUGCGCGGAUAUACUUCAAGAGGCGAGGACAAAUAUGGCAUCAGAAUCUCGGAUUUUCUGGAUACCCCUGUUUAAUUCACAGUGGCAUGACUUCAUAGUUGACAGUUUGAAACAUGUCAAUGUGAGUUAG